AACUGCAAGAAAGAGAUGAAACUUGUAAUUAUAAUAAUUCCAAAAUGCCUUUUUAACUUCUAUAAUUCUCUUUCAAUUACAAAACCUUAAUUUAAGGUUGAUCAUCAUGAUGUUGAGAAUGUAUCCCUACUCUGCUGCUCCAUAUAUCAUGCCCAGGUGGAAAUAAAAAGUCCUUGGGUCCAUCUGCUGUAACUGUCCAUCCAUCUGGUGUUGAGAAAACUUUACAUGAAUGCAUACAUGAAUUGAAAAGGUGGUACGGGGACAAGCAGGGAAAAAUGUUUUGGGUUUGGGGGGAUCCUGUAUUAUCUACACAGAAUGGUUCAAGCAUCACAUGGCUGGUGAAUUUCAAUAAGUGGGAGCCGUGUGGUGAGAUUUCUUUAUAUGUUCUUCUAUAUCUGCCCAAUCUUUGCAUCUUUUCAAUUUAAACUAAAUGUCAUAUCUGUGCUAAUUUAUUUACCUUUCUUGCAUUCAUUUCUAUGGAUAUGGCAAUAAAUUAAUGUCUCUCCAACUUGGAAGACCAGUAAUACGAAUUUGUUUGUGAACAUAAUUGCCUUUGAGCCCUUGAUUUCCAUUUUAGUAUAUUUAUAUAGAGACCAAUCCAUGGGUGGUUCUUAAUCUGAUAGAUGCUGCUUUAGAACAAAAGAUUGUUUUAAACCUUGUCAAAGACUUGGAUGUCAUAACAUUUCAAGAAUGCCAAGACUACAGUCCCAAGGGUUAACUUGUCAUCUAAAUGCUUCAUUUUACAUAUUUUCCCUUACAGAAAAAAAAAAUCAAAUUCAGAUAUUAGCUAUCACUCAUAAUAUAUGUACACCAGAGACUAAUUCCAAUGUAGCUCAUACUUAGGGCUGUUAAAAGUUAGCUUUUCUGCUGGUAUUCUUGUGCUGAUUUUUGUAGGUAAUGUGCGAUGCUGUUGUGCAACCCAUGAAAGGAUCAAUGCUAAGCGAAGAAAGCUAGAACAUUAUAAUGUGCAAACCAAUUAUUCAAUCUGAUUUGCUGCUGCAAGGAUCACGUGGGUUCAUGGAUCACAUCUGUUCAUCAGGAGGCAUACACAACAGACGUGGCUGCAAGGAUCGAAAAUGAAAGAGCAUUCAGCCUGGUUGCUCUAGAUUGAUAUCAGAUACUAUCCCUAACCUUUCCGGCAGUAGAGUAUUCAGUAUUCAACUGAAGUAAAUGUACUAAUAAUGUUAAUAUUUCAUUUCUUAUAUAUAAAACUAUACAGAAUCA